CCUAAUUACACAUUUAUUCAUAUAAACGACGUAUAAAGUACACGUGUCUUUAGCAAAAUACGUUCAUAUAUCUAAGAAGUAACAAGUGUCAAUAUUUCAAACUAAAUGAAAUUCAGCUAACAAUUCAGUGCGAUUGUACCUACACAUCGGUACCGGCAUACCGUUUCAUAUUUUACGAACUGUAUAUCAGUAUUUUCUCGAUAGCAUUUCCGUUAGCAGUGAAACUUUAACUCCAACAACUUCCAACAAGUGGUAUAAGCUAGUUGAAGUGUGUACAGCCUUUCCUUCAAUCAAUUGCACGAUUUUUCUCUAGUAAAGAUUUUUCAUGAUCGUUCAUUGUUGUUAUUGUUAUCUUCGAUAUCAAACAAAUUGUCCCGAUUAUCACUGUGAUAUCGAUCGAUAUCAAUGAACAACGAGGAAACAUAAAAAUUAAUCUCAAAGAAUAAUAAACUUUUAGUAAUUUUAACUAUUGUUUGGUGAGCGAUGUUAUAAGUAAAUCUUAUCAGAUAGAAUAAUUUACCCGUUAUAUCGAAUUUUAUUUCUCCAGGAAAAAGAUAAAACAGAGAAGGAGAUAAAUAAUCCGAUAAAAUUCUCCUUCUUUUCUUUUCUCUGUCAAAGACAGAUGUUACGAUUAUAAAAGAUAACUAACAGAAGAGUUAAGCCUCUACGAGUAUUCUGCUAGACACGACCAAUAUGAUCUAUGUCGAUAUUCAAUUAACGAAGCGUACAGUAAGAUACAUUUUGUUUUGUCAUUAUUUUAAAGCAUCGAGCGACGAGGAAGACGCUUUUCUUCUAUAUCAAUACAUUCGUUUGUAGCUGUAACGCACACGUGCACAUUGCUUUACAAUGACCGCUGCAUGCAAACGUACUUGCCACUAUAGCCAUCAACGUGUCUAAUACGCAUCUAUGAAACGUCGCUACGUAGAUAGCCUUGAAAUUAAUAUGAUGCAUCCAGAGUACUUUGAGACGAACAAUCAGUCCGCAAGCUGAAGAAAUGUUGUAAACAUUCGACAAUUCGAACAUCGAUGAAAAUGAAUCGAUACAUAACAUUAAACCAAUUAGGAGAUGGAACAUUCGGUUCCGUUGUUCUUGGGGAACGCAUCGAUACCGGGGAAAAGGUUGCCAUAAAAAGAAUGAAGAGGAAAUAUUAUUCGUGGGAAGAGGCGAUGAAUUUGCGCGAAGUUAAAUCCUUGAAAAAACUUAGUCACGCGAAUGUAGUCAAAUUAAAGGAAGUAAUUCGUGAAAACGACGUGUUGUAUUUCGUCUUUGAAUACAUGAAGGAGAAUCUUUACCAACUAAUGAAGGACAGGGACAAACUUUUCCCUGAGCCGGUAAUCAAGAAUAUAGUGUACCAGGUGCUUCAAGGACUGGCGUUCAUGCAUAAACAUGGCUUUUUCCACCGCGACAUGAAACCUGAAAAUUUAUUAUGUAUGGGGCCAGAACUGGUGAAGAUUGCUGAUUUCGGCUUGGCCAGAGAAAUACGUUCAAGGCCGCCUUACACAGAUUACGUAUCCACUAGAUGGUACAGAGCACCGGAAGUGCUGCUCCAUUCCACGACUUACAACAGCCCGAUUGACAUUUGGGCGGUGGGUUGCAUCAUGGCCGAACUAUACACGUUUCGGCCACUUUUCCCCGGGAAAAGCGAAAUCGACGAAAUCUUUAAAAUAUGUUCCGUCAUUGGCACGCCGGAGAAGGAUGAUUGGCCAGACGGAUAUCAACUGGCUGCCGCUAUGAAUUUCAAGUUUCCAAACUUUUCUCGAACAUCGUUAACCGUUUUAAUACCAAAUGCUAGCCAAGAAGCAGUAAUACUUAUGGAAGAUAUGUUACAGUGGAAUCCUAUUAAAAGGCCUACAGCACAGCAAUCCUUAAGGUAUCCCUAUUUCCAAACGAACAUCCCGCGUAUAAUUAAUAGUACAAAGAUCGGUGUCACAUCUCAACGAGAUCUCGUUUUGAACAAAGUGAAUCUUCCACCCCCUGUUCCUAAAUCGUACAAUUACGCCCAGCAAGAAGUACUCAGGACUUCGAUGGAAUCCAGAGCACAAGAGAAAAUGAUGCAGCAACAGCAACAGCAAACGAUACUACCUUUGUUGAACCAUAAUAGUUACAUGCGCGAAAGCAAUCCCCAAAAAUUGGACGAGGACGAGUUUGCUGAGCUCUUGGGUAGCAAGAUCAUUCCCGAGAACGUGAACGCAAAGCUUGUCCCAGAACGACUAUACAAAGAGAACCGUGCCAAUUGGAAUGCCAAUUAUUUGCCAGAGAAUACGCGGCAGAGCAACGGAAACUGGGUGCUGCCAGCUUGGAACGAGCCAUCGACCAUCAAUUGGAAUCAGUUGCAGCCAUCAAACGCGAAGAAUGGUCGAAAAGCAUCGGGGAAGCAACAUUACAUCGCCGUUGCUCGAUACGUCGCUGGUCCAAGUGCGAGUUUAGCCUCCAGAAACGGUGACUCCGACCCGAACAGGCCUAGAUUAAUACGGAACCUGGUUGGUCAACCGAUGGAAAAGUACGAAGAAUUCACCGAUUCCUUCUGGGUACCUAAGAACUCUGUUGAGAAUCAGACGAGACAAUAUUACAUUCCACGAAAUCGAUACCUCACCGAUCAAACUUUAAGGUUGCCUUAUCCCAGCGUUUAUGGUACACAGAAUAUCAGUUCAAUAGAAAAUACAAAUAAAGGAACACAUCAACCAAUCGCAUACGGAACUGUGCUGAACACAAAAGGCAGCGGAAGUCUUCAUGGUCGAACAGACUGGGCUGCUAAGUAUCUCAAAUGACUGUUUGAAAACUAUGCGUACAUAUAACUUAGCGUAUUCAAUUUAUUUAACUGUGAUAGAAUGGCGUUUACCAUUUCAUUCCACUGUAAAGGAAACAUAAAGGUUUGACGGUCUUUAAGAGCAUAAUCACUUUGCUGAUUAAUUAUUUUUUAAGCCGCUUUAGUGAUUAUACUCUUAAACCGAUUUGGUUAAUAUCUAAUGAACCGGCCUUAGCUUAUUGUAAUAGGUAGGGAAGUCUGAAAAAAAAAGAGAUUUGUGUCACUUAAAUUUGUUAACAAAUAUUAUUGCGAAUUAUUGCCGAUUAAGUGACAGUAUUUUGAUAAUACGUAUAGCAUUCAGUACAUUAAUUUGUCCCCUUCUUUUUUUAGUAAAGGAAAGACAAAAAAACGAGAUCAAUUAAUUGAUGUAAAGGAAACUAAUAUAGGAGACAGUAUCGAUUAAUGAUAGUGAUCAAGAGUGUAAUGUUUGAUUCGUAAAGAGUAUUAUACUUGGAUAAGAUAUAUUAAAGAAUAUAAUAUAUAUAUAUA